CAAUUUCGUUCUUGUACGAUAAUAAGUAAAAAUGACGAGCCUUUCUUGUUUAGGCAAAGAAGUUGUGUUUCUUUGUAGUGCUUCAUGGCUCAAACUAGCCUGCAUCUGUAGGUCCUUUUGCUUCCUCUUUUCUUGCUUUCUCCGCUUCCUGCUCCUCCAAGUCAACUCCUUCUGCAUCCAAGUUUUUUAUUUCGUCUUCCUCUCGUUCCUCGGCUUCUGGGUCCUCAAGGCCUUGAGGCCACGGACAAAUUCCUAUAGGCCUAGGGACUUGGAUCUGUUCUUCACCUCCGUCUCUGCGACAACUGUCUCGAGCAUGUCCACGGUGGAGAUGGAGGUCUUCUCCAACUCCCAGCUUGUCGUGAUGACCGUACUGAUGUUCAUCGGGGGUGAGGUCUUCGUCUCCCUAGUUGGGCUUCAUCUUAGGAAAUCAAAGCUCCGGUGGCACAUCAAAACCGAAGAACAGGUCACCUGCGUCAAUAGCGAUCUCUGCCCUUCCAACCCUACAAACGACAAAGUUGAACACAUAGAGAUAGGUGUAGUAGAGAAAUUAGAUUGCCUGAACUCACAAGUAGAGCCUCAAUUGUACAGUCAGCAAGGCGAGUCCUUAGAUCUUGACUAUUUGCAAUAUUGUUCGGUUAGGUUUUUGUGUUUUGUAGUGUUAGGUUAUCUUCUGGGAGUCCACGUUCUCGGCGUUGCCACGGUUUCACUCUAUAUGGCAUUUAUUUCUAGCGCCAGAGAUGUGCUAAAGAAGAAGGGUCUCAAAAUGGUGACCUUUUCCGUCUUCACCGUUGUGUCAACCUUCGCUAGUUGUGGGUUUGUCCCGACGAACGAAAACAUGAUUGUCUUCAGCAAAAACUCCGGCCUCCUGCUACUUCUCAUCCCUCAGGUUCUUCUCGGGAACACGCUGUUCCCAUCGACCUUACGAUUCAUGCUUUGGCUCAUGGGGAGAUUCACCAAGAAAGCGGAAAUCAAAUACUUGUUGAGUAGGACAAGUGAAGUUGGUUACAAGCACUUGCUUCCGAGCCUCCAUUCAUCACUAUUGGUGGUCACCGUGUUGGGGUUCGUUGGUGUCCAGUUUAUAAUGUUUUGCUUGAUGCAGUGGCAUUCGGAAUCGUUGAAUGGAUUAAGCUCGUACGAAAAGAUCGUCGGCGUGAUCUUUCUGUGCGUGAACACCAGACAUACGGGCGAGACGAUCGUCGAUCUGUCCACAGUUGCUCCUGCCAUCUUGGUGGUAUUCGUCGUCAUGAUGUACCUUCCGCCGUACACAUCGUUUCUACCGGUGAAAGGUGGGGAGAGGCUCCCGGGAAACGGCGAUCGAAGAAAGCCAAAGAGGAGUUAUAAACUACUGUUGGAGAAUCUCAAAUUGUCACAGCUCUCCUACCUGGCCAUCUUUAUCGUCAUGAUUUGCGUAACAGAGAGGAAAAAGAUGAAGGAAGAUCCCCUCAAUUUCAAUGUGUUGAACAUUGUGGUUGAAGUGAUAAGCGCAUACGGAAAUGUAGGGUUCACGAUGGGCUACAGUUGCCAACGACAGCUAAAGCCCGUUGAAGGCUGCGAGGACAAGUGGUAUGGAUUCUCUGGGAAAUGGAGCGAUCAAGGCAAAAUCAUCCUCAUCAUCGUCAUGAUUUUUGGAAGAUUAAAAAAGUUCAACAUGAAGGGUGGUCAAGCCUGGGUACUCUUCUGAGAAAGACAAAAGAACUCUUCUCGCCCUAAGAGCAAGCAAACAGAACAUCACUAGGUUUAAAUACCAGGGCAAAAUCAUCCUCCAACUAGUCAAGUCUUAUGACUUUGCUUCCCCAACUUCUUCUUCUUCUUCUUUUUGGCCUUGUCCAGUACACAAGGUGUUCUAACCGUAAAAAUUAACAUGUCUGAGUUGGAGCAUCACUAUAUUUAGAGACCAUAUUGUAGAUAUUCCAUGCCAAAAUAUUGCACGUGAGACUUGACCGUAAUGGAAAAUUC